AUGGCUGUCCAACAUAAACAAGACCCGAUUGUGCUGGUGAUCGAUUUCCACCAUGCGCGGGGCCCGGAAAUCGAACACUGUAUUGCCGACGAGGGCACGAACCCAGCUAUCGAGAAUGACUGGUCACUAUUACCAUUCAUGGCCCUAUCUGACGGCGCACACCUGUAUGGAACACCCCUUAGCUCAGCAAUGCUCUCUGCAGCAGGAGUGAUGGCUCUCUACUCUGUGGAGACUGUCCCAUACUGCUGUUCAACCGAGGAGUUCUCCUAUUUCACACUACGCCGCAAGGAAAUGUCAGAGAUCCCCGAAACUUCACUCUUCGGUAUCGCCUGUUCGCGCCAGAUCGAUUCCAAGCUCCUCCUGAACCGGCCGCCGGAUGUGACUCGAUCUACAGUGCAAAAGGCGGUUGUCGUGGUCACAGAUAGUCCGCAGCGGGUUGGGCAGUUGCGCGAGAAGCUUUCCGUUGUCACAUCUGCUUGGUUUGCCCAGCGUGACUUCUCGGAUAUUGAUAUUCUGAAGAAAUUUCGCGAGGGCCUGGUCAUUAGUUUGAUGAAUGAUGAGGCAAAAGACCAGAACUUAGGUCUUUCUCUGAGAGAGAUGAUUCAUGAAUUCAAAUACCAGACAUUGGUUCUCUUCAAGGCAUUGCUAUUGCAGCCGAAGAUGCUCUUCUUUGGUACCCGUUGCGAGCGAUUAUGCAUGCUCCAGUUUUCUCUCAUUUCCUUGAUACCCGGACUCAUCAAUAACCUGGAAGACUGCGCGGAUCCUUCAUUCGAUAGCUAUGCGCAAAGCGUUGAGAAGCCGACAUCCCUGAAGACUAGUGAUCGCAGCUCUUUGCUGGCCUACAUGGGUUUGCCAUUGCAGAUUUUUGGAAAGGGAAGCAUGUUUGGGCCCUAUACUCCUCUCCAACAGCUGGACCUGUUGGCUGAUGACGGUACCAAAUCAUAUGUUGUGGGAUCUACAAAUUCAUUGCUUCUGCAGCAAAAAGAUCGCUACAGUGAUAUUCUCAUUAACCUUGAUGAAGAUAGUAUCAGUAUCUCGUCUCUGAAUCUACGCAACGCUUUAACCCUCUCCACAGCUGACAGACGUUGGAUCGAUCUUCUUACACAAAUUGUCAACGAUACAUGGGAUGAUGCUCACCCUUCACGCCCAAAAACCCUCGGAUUCAUGGGGUCUGAGGAAUUUAUCCGUCUGCAAUUCGAAGAGUAUCUGUUGGCACUACUCUCGAGCAUGAAAUAUCACGAGGAGCUUACUCAGUGUUCCUCUGGUGAAUCGCCCCACCGAAGCAGAGCCCAGUUGCAAAACUUCAACAUCGAAGGUGACCCUGCUCUUGAUUUCAAUGCAGAGUUUUUGGCUCAGUGGCAGAAAACCUCCAACUAUGCGCUCUUCUCCCGUCUCACUUCGGAUGCACUCUUGUUCUCCAUCACUGAACCUCGACACCCUAGUGCUGGUGGAUUGACCGUAGAAGACAUUCAACGUCGUCUAUCCCAGCAGGUAGCUGAUCUCCACCUCGAUGAACGCGUCCGUGAGGGCCGGGAAGCCCUCGGUCGACACUUUGCGACGGGCCAAAAGAAGGUCAGCGCGGCAUACAACAGGUUCUGGUCCGACAUUGAGACCAUGCGCGAGGCCCAGAAGAAACGCAACGAAGAAAAGGCAACACAAUCACAGCGCGCCUCAAUCGACACUCCAGCUUCUCCAUCGCAAGGCUCCAUCGAUGACUCUACUUCCGAAACAUCCGGAUCCUGGUUUGGAGGUCGCCCAAGGGGCUCAAUUGACGUUUCUCAAGCGCAAGCUUCCGUGGGCCAAGCAGGCCAAAAAGCGAGCGCAUACUUCAGCUCAUGGGGCUCCUGGGCCAGCGAGAAACGGCGCGAGUGGCAGGAGAAGCGCACCUCCUCCCCGAGUCCAAAUCCAGCCGUGACAGCGUCCCCAUCGACGCCAUCUCUCCCCGUCGUCGCCGAAACUGUCGAGUCUGACCGUGGCCGCCGUCGUUCCAUGCAGCGACAUAGUGAAGAUGCUGAGGGCCUGUCGCGCAGUUUAAGCCGUAGAAAGCGAUGGAGUAAUAUCCUCCUGCGUCGCGAUAGCGGUGAAUUCAAGCGUGAUGAUACCUCUGAUGUCCCCUAUCCAAAGUCUCCACUUUCCCAGGGAUUCCCAGCCCACGAGCCUGAAACUGAGUUCAAACAUUCGGAAACCGACGAAGAGAUCCCUGAGACUCAACCUGCCGAUGCAGACGGUUUUACUAGUGUCUCGCUCACUCCUAGGGAAGGACUUUGCGUGGACUUGAACCCGGGUGAAAACACGAAUCAUGAUAGUGAGGCGAAAACAAUCGACACGCAGCCGGAUGACUCGGUAACGGCGCUGCCUACCAAGGAUGAAACGCCUUCCGAGGCCACCAAAGAUGUUAGCAAAUAA